AUGGAGCCGGACGUUUCCGCGCCGGCCGGCAUGUUUACCGUCCAGCAGACGCCGUCCACCGUGCUGUGCUGCCUGUGCGGCACGGCCAUGCCGCCCAACCCGACCGGCAUGUGCCCCGGCUGCAUCCGCACGCACGUCGACAUUACCGAGGGCCUCCCGCGCCGCCUGUCGGUGCUGCGCUGCCCGCCGCCGUGCGGAAGGUUUCUCGCGCCGCCGCGCGCGUGGAUCCGCGCGGAGCUCGAGUCGAAGGAACUCCUCACGUUCUGCCUUAAGCGCAUGAAGAAUCUCAACAAGGUGAAGCUGGUGGACGCGUCCUUCAUCUGGACUGAGCCGCACUCCAAGCGAAUCAAAAUCAAGGUGACGAUACAGAAGGAGGUCCUCAGUGGAGCCGUGCUGCAGCAGACGUUCGUUACAGAAUACGUGGUGGAGGAUCACAUGUGCGACGCGUGCACGCGGUCGGCAGCCAACCCCGACCAGUGGGUGGCGGUGGUGCAGCUGCGGCAGAAGGCGGAGCACAAGCGCACGUUUCUCUUCCUGGAGCAGCUUAUAUUGAAGCACGGUGCUGACGCCAACACCAUUAACAUCCGCCAGGUGCACGACGGCAUUGAUUUCUAUUACGCCAACCGCUCACACGCACAGAAGUUUGUUGACUUUGUAUCGGCCGUGGUGCCAGCUCAGCACCGCAGCGACAAGCAGCUGGUGUCUCAUGACAUCCACACAGCCUCGUACAACUACAAGUACACUUUCUCGAUACACUUUCUCGGUGGAAAAUUGCCCCAGUGUGCAGGGAAGACCCGAUCUGCCUCCUUCCAAAGGCCCCGAAUGCGUGUGGCACGGCAGCCAACCAACCCUCUAGUCCUCUGCAUCCGCGUCUCCAACUCGCUGCAACUGCUCGACCCCUCCACCCUGCACGCCACCUGCCUCAACUCCUCCCAGUACUGGCGCUAUGGCUUUAAGCCCCUGCUCUCAUCGCGCCUUCUCCCCACUUCCCCUCCUCCCGACUCGCCUUGCAGGUACACUUUCUCUGUGGAAAUCUGUCCCGUGUGCAAAGAGGAUUUGAUCUGCCUCCCUCCAAAGGCCGCCAACGCGUGUGGCAUGGCAGCCAACCCUCUAGUCCUCUGCAUCCGCGUCUCCAACUCGCUGCAGCUGCUCGACCCCUCCACCCUGCACGCCAUCUACAUCGACUCGAACCAGUACUGGCGCUAUGGCUUUAAGCCCCUGCUCUCCUCGCGACAGCUUGUGGAAUAUGUGGUUCUAGAUGUUGAGACCGUGGGCGGCGGGGGGGGAUGGGGGGGUGGAGGCGGAGGGGGAGCAGGGGGAGGAGGAGUGGGGGGAGCGCCGCACAAGGCGGGGGGAGGGGCGUUGGGGAAAUUUAUGCUGGCAGAUGUGCAGGUGGCGCGGGUGGCGGACUUUGGGAAGAACGAUGUGAUGUUCACUGCACGCACGCACCUGGGGCACCUGCUGCGCCCAGGAGAUUAUGCCAUGGGGUAUGAUUUACACGGGGCCAACCUCAACAGUGAUGACCUGGCCAGGUACAGCAACAGAGCCACCCUUCCCGACGUCAUUCUCGUGCGCAAGAGCUACGAGGAGAAGCGCAAGAAGAGGCGUGGCAAGCCGCGGGCGUGGAAGCUGAAGCAGCUUGACAUGGAAGUAGACGGGGGCGCCGGGGGAGCAGCAGAGAGAGGAGAACGAGGAGGAGGAGGAGGUGGUGGCGCGAAGGGACGGAUCGACGAGGAGAGGGAUGCGGCGGAUAAAGAGAGGUUUUUGGAGGAGUUGGAGGAGGAUGCGGAUAUGCGGUCGCGGAUUGCUGUUUACAGGGACCCGGCUUAUGUGGCGCCGGCGGCAGGAGGAGGAGCGAGAGGAGGGGAUGAGAUGGUGGAUGCUGGGGAGGAGGAGGAGGAGGAGGAGGAUGGGGAGGAGGUUCCGGAGAUUCCGCUGGAAGAGUUGUUGUCGGAUUUGAGGAUUGCAGGAGAGGAGGCGGAGGAAGGGGAGGUGGAGGAUGAGGAUGACGAUCUGAUGGAGACAUGA